GCCAAAUGUUUGCAUUGCACAGAAUGAGAAGUAGCUGAAGUUUCUACUUGGCUUUAAUAACAGUCAUGAAAUCUAUGAAUUUCCCGCGAGAAAAAGGCAAUACCUUCACCACUUGUGGGUCUUCCUCCUCUUCCUCUCCUUCUGUUAAUGGCUUUGAUUGCAAAGGGCUCCUAUUCAUCUUUCUUGGACUUGCAGUGUUUGUCUCCUCUUGCCUGGCGGCCGCAUCUCUUUACUAUGUUGUUGCACUAAAAACAGAACUAGCAGUCCUCACUAGCAAGCUGAAUGGCAAGAAUCAGGCAAGGAAUUCAUUUCCCCAGCUUGUGGAGCCCUUGGGAGAAACCAAGGCAGCCAGCCCUUUCAUUCCAUACUGGAAGGUGGCCAAUGCAGUUUCCAGCCAGGGCAUUGUUUGGGGAUCACAUCGAGGAAACCGAAACAUAAUGUGGACUGGAGACAGCCAUAGAGGGAAAAGAUCCCCCUCUCAGAGAGGAGAAACAGUACUACAGUCAUGUCUGCAAUUGAUGGCUGACAGCAAAAGUACCAUUCGGCAACAUGAUGACUCAAGUAUAGUUCCCUGGCUUCUUAGCUUUAAAAGAGGAACAGCUCUAGAAGAACAUGGAAAUAAAAUACUGGUCAGAGAAGCUGGCUACUUCUUCAUAUAUGGUCAGGUUUUAUAUACAGAUGAAAUGUUUGUAAUGGGACAUUUGAUUCAGAGGAAAAAAGCCCACGUCGUUGGAGAUGAUCUCAGUCUGGUUACAUUAUUUCGUUGCCUGCAAAACAUGCCUGAAACCUCUCCUAACAAUUCUUGUUAUACCGCUGGUGUUGCUAAAUUAGAAGAAGGAGAUGAACUUCAGCUUACCAUACCACGGACAAGUGCCAAAAUAGUCUUGAAUGGAGAUGUCACAUUUUUUGGUGCAGUCAGACUUUUGUGAAAGUCUUUUUGAUGUAUUAAUUAUAUAGUUUUUUCCAGCGCACCGAUAUUUCAGGAAUUAUGAAAUAAUUUGAAAUCAUUAUGUGGUUUUCUUGUAUAUUACCUCUUUAGUAAGUUGAAUGAUGGAUAUAAAAAAAAGAUAUUAACUUAUUCAGAAAGAGGAAAUCCUACUCAUGCUUGUCAUGCACUACCCUCCCAUGUGUGGAUUACCAGAAAUGAAACUUUUAUUGUGAAAAUAUAAAUAGUCUCAUUACAUAGGAAGAGUUGAACUUUUGCUGCAUCAAUUCUGAAGUUCAAAGUCUGUUCCCAAGAGGUCAUCCUUCUGAGCCCAACAAAGUCACGGACAAGACAAAGUGUAAAUAUCUCAACUUUCCCUACAUUUUCCCCAAGCAGCUGCAACUGGAGAAUCAAGACUCGCUUCAUGCAGUCUGCAGAAGAGGAAGCAAGAAAUCAUGCUGCACUUGAACAGCAUCAAGUGUCCUACAGAGAGCAACAAAAAUAUGAACUACAUCAUGCAGGAAGUACAUGAUUCCUCUUUAGGACACACCUAAACAUGGUUUCAAAUAUGAUCAUGAAUCAAAAUAAUGUUUAUAUGAUUCUUAUGCAAGUAACUAUAUCAGGAUGUUACAUUUAAAGGGCUAAGCAAGCAAUGCAGUGUAUAUUUUAUUUAUCCACCCACCUAUCUUAUUUACUAAUAAUCUGCAGAUAAUUCUUGAAAAGAAUAGAAUAGUUGGAAGGUACAUUAGAGGUC